AUGCCGCGAAAACGAAAAUAUGCUUCGUAUGAAGAAAUGUGUCUGCACAAGAAUCAUCGUCGUAGGGAAGCUAGGGCGUCUAUACUUGACCCAAUGGUUCAUACUAAAAAUCCAGCUAAACUUCAAAGCAACAAUAUUGUAUCAUCGACUCCAGUAUCGCUACUUUCUGAGAAUCAGCUGUCUGAUGCUUCAGAAAACAUAAGCCUAUCGCUUCCUAUGCCAUCCGAACAUGUCCUCAAAACAUCUGACAUACCUUCAGCAACCUGUUCAUAUUCUAACAACCAUGUCUGCUGUGAUGUCAUAAAUGGACCAAGUAAUGGAGUUCAACAACAAACAGUGUUUCCUAGCUCUCAAAUGACCAGCAACAUGCCAAAACAAAAUGCUGGUAAUCAACAAAAGGUCAAAAAAAAAAACCAACGGAUUGAUAGGAUUCCUACUCAACCUUCUGUUUUACCUGUUGUCCAAGAUUGUAUUUUUUGUGGUGCUAAACGUUUCUACCUUGAGUCACCUGGUUUUUGCUGUGCUUCUGGUGAAAUUCGAUUAGUUGAGACAGAAAUGCCAGCUCAGCUAGCAAAACUGUACACUGCUAAUACUCCUGAAGCAAUUGAAUUUCGCCAAUGUAUCAGAAGCUAUAAUAAUAUGUUCGCAUUCACAUCUCUGGGAGUUCAUUCUGAUAAAGAGUUGAAUAAGAGAGACAGAGGAAUCUAUACAUUCAGAGUACAGGGGCAAAUGUACCAUUUUCUCAAUCCCCUGGUUCCAAUGGACGGCUACAAGCCAUCAAAUGUACAGUUAUACUAUUUUGAUACUGAGCAUGAAAUUGCGAAUCGGAUGGCCAUUUCUGAUAAAUUCCGAGAAACUAUUCUGGAACAACUGCAGCAAAUUCUGGAUCAUAAUCCCUACGCUGCAUUUUUUCGCAGUUUAAGAAGCUUUGAAGACAUUUAUAACCAUAAAGUUUUCUUAAACUCUCACCCUUCUCUAGACCAGCGUGUGUAUAACACUCCCACAGUCUCUCAAGUCGCUGCCAUAUGGACAGAAAAUGACCUUAAUAUAGUAGAUUCUUCUCAGCAUAUACAGGUAUAUCCAAGGAGUGGUAGACCACAAAUCAUUAAACACUACUUUGGAUGUUAUGACACGUUACAGUAUCCCUUAAUUUUUGCGAGAGGUGAGACUGGAUGGCAUGAAGGCAUACAAAGAAUUUUUAAAGAUCAGCAGCCUGUACAAGAUUUCAUGACAUGUCAGGGCCAUGAUAUUCAUAUAGACCAUUGUUCUUCUGCAGAGGAAAUAAUUAGAGCUGAGAAUGCAGUUUUGCAGAAAAGAAAGAAAAAAAGGAGCACUGUCUCUUGUCGUGAAUACUAUUACUACAAGUUUCAAAUGCGCCUAAUUGACAAAUCCUUAUUACUGCACUGUGGGAGACUCUUCCAGCAAUUCUGUAUCGAUACAUAUGUCAAGAUAGAAUCAGCAAGGCUGGAUUUUCAUCGGAAUAAGCAACGACAGAUCAGAACAGAUGUUUACCAAGAAAUUUUAGACAGCAUUUCAAAUGGAGAAACCUCUACAUCAAACAUUGGUAAACGAAUAUAUUUGCCUGCCUCUUUUAUUGGAGGCCCUCGAGAUAUGAAACGAAGAUACAUGGACGCCAUGACGCUGGUUCAAAAGUAUGGAAAACCUGACAUAUUCUUAACAAUGACUUGUAAUCCAGCUUGGCCUGAGAUCAAGAAGCAUUUAUCUAAUGGCGAAGAAGCACACAACAGACCUGAUGUAACAUCAAGAGUAUUUCGUGCCAAACUAGAGAUGCUCAGAAAUGAUAUUAUCAAAAAAGGGCUUUUUGGCAAAGUUGCAGCAUACACGUAUGUUAUAGAAUUCCAGAAAAGAGGCCUCCCACACGCACAUUUUUUGAUAAUCCUUGCAAAUGGAUGGAAAUUGGACUCACCUGAAGCUUAUGAUCGAGUUACAUCUGCAGAAUUACCGGAUCCAGCUUCUUUCCCUUACCUCCAUUCUGUUGUGGUUGCUCAUAUGUUGCAUGGACCAUGUGGAACAGCUAAUAAAAACAGCCCAUGUAUGAAGCAAAAUGGAAAAUGCAGAUUUGCCUAUCCAAAGGAGUUUGCUGAAUUCACAAGGCAUAACAAGGAUUCGUAUCCUCUAUACAUGCGCCGUCAUGAUGGAAAUACUGUCACAGCUCGUCACUUCCAGUUUGACAAUCGUUGGGUUGUUCCCUACAAUCCAUACUUACUUGCCAAGUAUGAUUGCUACAUCAAUGUUGAAGUUUGUUCCACAAUUGAAGCUGUUAAAUAUAUUUACAAAUAUAUCUACAAAGGACACUCAAAGAUCCUAUAUCAGCUCAAUGCAGCAGAGAGUGAUGGAGCAGUUGACGAAAUAAAAAAUUUCCAAUCUGGACGUUGGAUAUGUGCACCAGAAGCAGCAUGGCGAAUAUUUGCUUUCGACCUCAGUAACUUGAAUCCAUCUGUCAUGGCACUACAGAUGCAUUUAGAAGGAGAACAGUCAAUGGUUUUUAAUGAGGAUGAUAUUCUGGAAAGACUUGCAGUAGAUGAACGAAUGUCACGAACUAUGCUAACAGAAUUUUUCCGGAUGAACAGUGUAGAUAAACAUGCACAGGCCCUAAAAUGUCUUUAUAAAGAAUUUCCUCAGCAUUUUGUAUGGAAUGCAACCCACAGAAUAUGGGAACCGAGACAAAGACGGAGCACAAUUGGAAGAGUAACUGCAGUGCAUCCAACUCAAGGUGAAAAGUACUACUUACGGAUGUUACUAAUGCAUGUCAGAGGGCCUAUGUCCUAUGAAAGUCUAAAACACAUUGGUUCCAGAACAGCUUCAACUUUCAGAGAAGCUGCAGAAAUUCUAGGCUUAUUAAAGACUGAUGAUAGUGCAGAACAAUGUUUACUUGAAGCUGUAUCAUUCCAGAUGCCUUAUACUCUCCGUCAUUUGUUCGCUCUCAUUCUGGUCCAUGUAAUACCUCCUAAUCCAAUGUUGCUAUGGCAGAAAUUUGAACCAUACCUGUCUGAAGAUAUUUCUAGAGACAAGUCUUUAUCACCUGAGCAGACAAAACUCAAAGUCCUCCAGCUCAUUGACUCUCACCUGCAAUAUAUGGGCAAACAUCUUGCUGAUUUCAACAUACCUGUCCCUGACACUGAUGCAUUUUCCAUUCAAAGAGACACACAAGAAAUAGAGGCCGAGCUCGACAUCAAAGUUUCUGCUGAAGAUACAGCAUCAGUUGCUCUUCUCAAUGAUCAUCAACGAUCUGCUUACAAUAAAAUCAUCGAUAGAAUUGACAAUAACAUAGCAGGAGCUUUUUUUAUAGAUGGGCCAGGAGGAACAGGGAAAACAUUCUUAUAUAAAGCCUUACUAGCAACUGUCAGGUCUAAAGGCCAAAUCGCAUUAGCCACAGCAUCAUGCGGUGUUGCUGCUUCUAUUCUUCCAGGAGGACGUACAGCUCACUCUCGAUUUAAGAUUCCAAUUCAUGAGGAUAAUGACAGUGGCUGUAAUGUUAACAAACAAAGUAGCAGUGCAAGAUUAAUCAAACAAGCCAAGCUCAUCAUCUGGGACGAAGCAACAAUGGCCAAAAAAUAUGCUAUUGAGUGCUUUGACAAGCUACUAAGGGAUAAAAUGGACUCAGAUACAGUAUUUGGUGGCAAGGUUAUCGUAUUUGGUGGCGACUUUCGUCAGACAUUACCUGUUGUCGUCAAAGGGUACAAAGAAGAUUACAUUUCUGCCAGCUUGGUAAAAUCUUAUGUUUGGAACCAUCUUGAAAAACUCUGCCUGGUUGAAAACAUGCGUGCACAUUUAGAUAAACCAUUUUCAGAUUUUCUUCUGAGUCUUGGUAAUGGAACUUUACCUUCCUUUGAUGACUCGAAAAUAACAUUGCCACACUAUCUUACAAUACCUUUUGUUGAUGAUCAAUCUUCACUUUCUGCUCUGAUCACCAGUGUCUUUCCUGACCUCACAGCAUUUGGUACACACUCAUUGCAUACACUUAACAAAGCUAUACUAACUACCAAAAAUGAAUUUGUGCACGAGAUAAACAACCUCCUGAUCACAAAGUUUCCUGGUACAGAACAGAGAUAUGUAAGUUAUGAUGAAACUAUAGACCAAUCCAAACAAGCAGAACACGAGGACUUUUUACAUUCAUUAGAACCUCCAAGCCUACCACCAUAUGAACUCAUUCUAAAAGUCAAUAGUCCUAUUAUAUUACUUAGAAACUUGAACCCAAAAGAAGGUUUAUGUAACGGAACACGACUAAUCUGUCUUGAUUUCGCUCCCAAUGUUAUCCAUGCACUCAUUGCUGUGGGAAAUCAUACUGGAAAGCAAGUCUUUAUCCCAAAAAUCUCAUUACAGUGUUCUGACAGUAACAUUUACAUAGUACCCUUCAAGAGAACACAAUUUCUAGUCAGACUUUGUUUUGCCAUGACCAUUAAUAAAGCACAAGGACAAACACUCGACUUUGUGGGCUUGUACUUAAAGGAACCAGUAUUUGGUCAUGGUCAGUUGUAUGUUGCUUUAUCUAGAGCUAAAACAGCAAAUGAUGUUAGAGUUUUAGUUAAGCCCUCUCCAGAUGAGCAGACUGACAGAGUUUCUACAAGAAACAUAGUAUACAAUGAAGUCCUAUCAAUUGCUGGUGUUAUUUAA